UCUGCCUUUCCAAUUGGAGACGUUGCAGCCCUUCAACUUCAAAGUCAUCGGCACUUCACUUGGAGAUGGAGCAGUUCAAAGGCCAGUCUCGGCUGCCGAAAUUCGCCGUGCCGAAACGAUACGAUAUAACGCUCAAACCGGACCUCACCGGCUGCAGUUUCGGCGGCUCCGUCGCCGUCCAACUCGACAUCGUCUGCGAUACCCGGUUCAUCGUCCUCAACGCCGCCGACCUCUCCGUCGAUGCCGCCUCCGUGUCUUUCGCUUCCUCCAAGGUACUUUUCAAGCCUUGGAAAGUUGAGACAUUUGAAGAAGAUGGGAUUUUGGUUCUGGAGUUUGGAGAGACGCUUCCGGUUGGUUCGGGAGUUUUGGGUAUUGGGUUUGAAGGAAUUUUGAAUGACAAGAUGAAGGGGUUCUACACAAGUACAUAUGAGCAUAAUGGUGAGAAGAAAAAUAUGGCCGUUACACAGUUUGAACCGGUUGAUGCCAGACGGUGCUUUCCAUGCUGGGAUGAGCCUGCUUGGAAGGCUACAUUCAAGAUUAGAUUGGAUGAUGUUCCAUCUGAAUUAGUAUCUCUCUCCAACAUGCCGGUUGUAGAAGAGAAAGUGCAUGGACAUCUGAAGACAGUUUCAUUUCAAGAAUCACCAAUCAUGUCUACAUAUUUGGUGGCCGUUGUUGUUGGGUUGUUUGAUUAUGUUGAAGAUCGUACAUCUGAUGGGGUCAAAGUGCGGGUCUAUUGUCAAGUUGGUAAGGCGAACCAAGGGAAGUUUGCUUUGAACGUUGCUGCCAAGACUCUUGAAUUUUACAGAGAUUACUUUGCUGUGUCAUACUCUUUGCCCAAAUUGGAUAUGGUUGCAAUCCCUGAUUUUCCUGGUGCCAUGGAAAAUUAUGGUUUAGUUACAUUCCAAGAAACAGAUUUGCUCUUUGAUGAACAGCAUUCUGCAGCUGCCAACAAACAACGGGUUGCAACUGUUGUGGCACAUGAAUUGGCACACCAGUGGUUUGGCAAUCUUGUAACGAUGGAAUGGUGGACACAUUUAUGGCUGAACGAGGGAUUUGCGACAUGGGUGAGCUAUUUAGCUACUGAUAGCUUGUUCCCAGAGUGGAAAAUGUGGACUAAAUUUCUUGAUGAAAUUACUGGGGGUCUUAAGCUGGAUGGGCUUGAAGGAUCUCACCCCAUUGAGGUGGAAAUCAAUCAUGCUUCUGAGGUUGAUGAAAUAUUUGAUGCAAUAAGUUAUAGAAAAGGAGCUUCUGUUAUCCAGAUGCUACAAAACUAUCUUGGUGCUGAAUGCUUCCAGGUUGGUCCUUUGAGGUCACUUGCUUCAUACAUAACAAAGCAUGCUUCCUCAAAUGCAAAGACAGAAGAUUUAUGGGCUGCGCUUCAGGAGGGAUCUGGUGAACCUGUGAACAAGCUAAUGAAUUCAUGGACACAGCAAAAGGGUUACCCGGUUAUUUCUGUCAAAGUCAAAGAUCAGAAAUUGGAGUUUGACCAGACACAAUUCUACUCGAGUGGUUCCCAAGGUGAUGGGCAAUGGAUUGUGCCAAUAACAUUAUGCUUUGGCUCAUAUGAUGUACGCAAAAGUUUCCUACUACAAAAGAAGUUCGAAACUUUUGAUGUAAAGGAAUUUCUGGGUUGCUCCAUAGCAGGGACUGGAUGCAGAGGCUCAUUAUGUAGUUGGAUAAAAGUCAAUGUGGAUCAGACUGGUUUUUACAGGGUGAAAUAUGAGGAGGAACUUUCAGCUGCACUUAGAAGUGCGAUAGAAAAGAAACACUUGUCUGCAACUGACAGAUUUGGAGUUUUGGAUGAUUCAUUUGCCCUUUCUAUGGCUCGCCAGCAGUCGUUUGCUUCACUGCUUACCUUGCUGGGUGCUUACCGAGAGGAACUUGACUGUACAGUGCUGUCAAAUUUGAUUCCCAUAAGUUAUAAGCUGGCAACAAUUGCCGCUGAUGCUGUGCCCGAGCUACUGGAUCUCAUUAAUCAAUUAUUUAUUGGCCUUUUCCAGUACUCUGCAGAGAAGCUUGGUUGGGAGCCUAAACCCGGUGAGAGCCAUUUAGAUGCAAUGCUGAGAGGAGACAUUUUGACUGCCCUUGCUGUGUUUGGGCAUGACCUGACGAUAGAUGAAGCAAGUAGGCGUUUUCAUGCCUUCUUAGAUGACAGAAAUACGCCACUCCUUCCUCCUGAUAUAAGAAAGGCAGUGUAUGUGGCUGUAAUGCAAAGAGUAAGCAUGUCUAAAAGAUCGGGCUAUGAAUCUCUUCUUGGAGUUUACAGAGAGACUGAUCUAAGGGAGGAGAAAACCCGCAUUUUAAGAUCACUAGCGUCUUGUCCAGAUCCCAACAUAAUACUGGAAUUUCUCAACUUCUUAUUGUCUUCUGAGGUCCGCAGACAGGAUGCAGCCCUCGGGCUUUCUGUUAGUAGUAAAGGGCGGGAAACAGCUUGGACGUGGCUGAAGGAUAACUGGGAGCACAUCUCAGAGACCUGGAGUUCUGGAUAUCUGCUUCGCUUUGUCAGUGCCAUCAUUUCACCGUUGGCUUCAUUCGAGAAGGUUAAGGAAGUAGAUGAGUUCUUCAAAGUCCAUCCUGACCUCUCCAUAACGAGAACAUUGAAGCAGAGCAUUGAGUGGGUACAGAUAAACGCCAAGUGGGUUCAGAGUGUUGGGAGUGAGAAAAAUCUUGCCGAUAUUGUGAAGGAGUUGGCGCACAGGAAAUACUAGGCUCCAUAUUUAAGCUUCUGUGAUGGAAGGAGAAUUCUGGAUUUCGAAAGUUAUGUAACUUAAAUUUCCCAAACGAAGAAUAAAUGUACUGAGUAUUGAACACAAUGUGACGUAGACAGCAUGAUGAUUUAUGAGUGGCAAUUUAAUUUUCAACUA